ACCUCGAUUUCAAUGAAGUUGCCUUUCUCUCCCAUCCCGUUCCGUCUUUAUUUUAUUCCCUGAGGAUCUCCUCGCUUCUUUACCGCCGUUUUCCUUCCGUCUACUCAUGCUCUCUUUACUCCUUUCUCUCUUCACUACCUGACACAUACAAAACAAUCAACCUAAUCGAACUCUUAAGUCGACAUUAUUAAUCACAUCAAAUAGUAUAUCUCCUCCCUCCCUUUCUCUCUCUCUCUCUCUCUCAAUAUAUUGUAGAAUCAUCUACUGUCCAAAAACUCGAAGAUGAUGCAGCAAGGCGGCGCCGCUGAUUUGGCUCAGCUUCAGUCCACCAUGCAAGCCAUCGAGCUUGCUUGUUCUUCCAUUCAGUGGCAGAUGCAUAUGAAUCCAGCAGCUGCAGAGACAACUAUUCUGUCUCUCAAUCAGUCACCUCAGCCAUACAAUGCAUGCCAGUUCAUUCUUGAGAAUUCUCAAGUAGCAAAUGCUAGGUUUCAAGCGGCUGCAGCAAUUCGCGAUGCUGCUAUCAGGGAAUGGGGUUUCCUCUCAGGUGAUGACAAGAAAAGCUUGAUAAGUUUUUGUCUGUGCUAUGUUAUGCAACGUGCUAGUUCACCCGAAGGAUAUGUCCAAGUAAAGGUUUCUUCUGUGGCUGCUCAAUUGAUCAAAAGGGGCUGGCUUGAUUUUACAGCUGUUGAGAAGGAUACAUUCUUUUAUCAGGUAAACCAGGCUAUUCUUGGCAAUCAUGGUGUAGAUGUGCAGUUCUCUGGAAUCAAUUUCCUGGAAUCUUUGGUAUCUGAGUUCUCACCUUCUACUUCUAGUGCCAUGGGCCUUCCUAGAGAAUUUCAUGAGCAAUGUCGGACGUCAUUUGAGCUAGAGAAUCUGAAGACAUUCUAUUGUUGGACACGGGAUGCUGCUGUAGGUGUCACAAAAAGAAUAAUUGAAUCUGAUAUGGAUGUACCAGAGGUUAAGGUUUGCACUGCUGCAUUGCGUCUCAUGCUUCAAAUCCUGAACUGGGAUUUCCGGUAUAAUUCCACUGGCAAAAAAACUUCAUUAGAUGUUUUUGCAACCGGAGUUAGAGUGGACAACUCAUCAAAGAGGUCGGAGUGUACCUUAGUGCAGAUUGCAAUGGGGUUUUUUUUGUAAGAUUCUGAAAUUGAGAUGACAAUAUCACAUGGAGUGACUCUUAAGGAUUGUUAAGCGCGUGGUAGCGUCAUUGUAUUCGCUGAUAG